AACAACCCGGUCGCCAUGAGCCAGCUGGGAACCGUUUACGCCACCAAGAGGCGACGUCGGAAUGGGAAAAGUUUGAAACCACCCCAAAAGGAUGGCGUGACGAAGUCGAACCCCAGCAAGCGACAUCGAGAACGAUUGAACGCCGAACUGGACACGCUGGCGUCGUUAUUACCGUUCGAGCAGAACAUCCUGAGCAAGCUGGACCGGCUCAGUAUCCUCAGACUCAGUGUGAGCUACCUCCGAACAAAAAGCUACUUUCAAGUGGUGAUGCACAAAGACAAGGAAGAAAAUUCGCACCACGAUUCGCACUAUAGAGCGAGGGAGUUGGCCGCGUUCGCUGCGUACGACCAUCAUCAUCUCGACGGCGAAAUGUUCCUGCAGGCGCUGAACGGGUUCCUGCUCAUACUCACUUGCGACGGAGAAGUGUUCUUCGCCACUCACAGCAUAGAAAGUUACCUUGGCUUCCAUCAGUCCGACAUCGUCCACCAAAGUGUUUACGAAUUGGUACACAGCGAAGAUCGAGAAGAAUUACAAAGGCAGUUGAUGUGGAAUUCCUUUCUGCCAGCGGAAAGUGCGAGCCUCCCCCUUCACGACACCCUCUCGCCCCAACACAGUCAUCUUUUGGAACGUAGUUUCACUGUCCGUUUUCGGUGUCUUUUAGACAAUACAUCCGGCUUUCUGCGUUUGGACAUCAGAGGACGGGUGAAGAUACUCCAUGGCCAAAACAGGAAAACGGAGGAGCCCCCGUUGGCUCUGUUCGCCCUGUGCACACCGUUUGGACCACCGUCCCUCCUGGAAGUACCCCAGAAGGACGUGAUGUUCAAAAGCAAACACAAACUGGACCUCGCGCUCGUGUCAAUGGACCAACGAGGGAAGAUGCUGCUUGGUUACUCGGACGCCGAGCUCGCGAACCUCGGCGGCUACGAUCUAGUCCAUUACGACGACUUGGCUUACGUAGCCAGUGCACACCAAGAAUUGCUGAAAACUGGGGCCUCUGGUAUGAUAGCGUACAGAUUCCAGAAGAAGGACGGUGGGUGGCAGUGGUUGCAGACCAGUUCUAGAUUAGUCUACAAAAACUCGAAGCCCGACUUCGUCAUCAGCACACAUAGACCUCUCAUGGAGGAGGAGGGCAGAGAUCUCUUAGGAAAGCGGACGAUGGACUUCAAAGUGAGCUACCUGGACGCCGGACUGACGAACAGCUACUUCUCGGACAGCGACAGUCUCACGGGUUCCGUGAUGACGCCGACGCUACCGACGCAACCGACGUCCCAGCGAGUGAACAGACGGUACAAGACGCAGCUGAGGGACUUUCUGUCGACCUGCAGGAACAAACGUACCAAGCUUUCCGCCCAAUCGUCGGUCUCUCCGCCCGUGACGCCCACAGUUGCGUCCGUGGACUACCUCGCGGCAGACACAAGCGCCGCGGCCGCGGUUGCAGCGGCGUAUAGCAAUCUAAAUACAAUGUACCCGACUCCCUAUGCGCCUACAGCAGUCGCGGCGAGCACGGAUCCUUCGUUGACCACCUACAUUGGUCAUACGGGCAACUACCACCAAACACUCUACCCGGCAGCUGCGUUGGACAAUAGGUACCUCACGGCGGCAACGGAGAAUCUGUUCCAGUACAGGCCUCUAGGUUCCUACUAUCCAGAGUACCACACGAGUACCCCAUACAACGGCUUCAUAGACGUCUCCUUACCCACCUACGAGACGCACCAGCUGACAAGCAAAGCCGAGGAGAAGCUAUAUUGCCAGCAAUUGGGCGAGUCCCCGAAGUACAGCUACGUGGAGACGAGACAUCCCAGCAGCGUCAGUGGCUCCCCCUACGCGGCUAGUCCCGUCGCGAGUGCAUCGACGAUGCACACGGCGACCGCCGACAUUAAUAUCGUCCGUGCUGGCAGCAGACAUUCCCUGGAGGGUGGUGCGUCGUCCAGCAAUUCGGCCGGGAGCUCCCCUGUAACCGGACCGACGAACGGCGUCCUCACCCCGAAGAUAGAGGACGUGAAACCGGAAGUUUACGGGAACGAGGCGCCGCGACAGACUGUUCUAAUGUGGGGGGCGCCACCGUCGCGGACUCCCCCGAGAAACAACGGCAGUUACAGCCCGCCAACGCCGCACUCUACCCACUCGUCCACGCACUCCACCAACGCCACGACCGGGGAUCCCCUGAAAUCCCUGGCGGAGAUGAACUCCAUGAACGGGGAGUGCAAGUGGAGACAGACGUCCCCCGGCGAGCAACAAACGACCGCGCCCAGCUCGCCGAGAACCAAGCAGCAGUCGCAGCAACAGCAUCAGCACCAUCAACAGCAGCAACAGCAACAGCAGUACCCAGUGACUACGUCACAGUAUUCCGCGGCGGCGGCGGCCGCUGCCGCAGCUGCAGCCGCAGCGGCCAGCACUAUCGGAUACGCGCACUCUCAUCCGGGCCAUGGCCACGGGGAAGCGGGCUCCGAGCACACCCCCGUCAGCUGUGGGAACGGGGACGGGAGUCGGCAUGGGCAUCGGCCAGGACAGCAACACCAACAACAACGUCUUGUACCACCCACCGCACCACCACCCUCAGCACCAACACGUGGUGGGAUCAUCGGCGGGGGGAAUGGGCCCAACUGUCCCACAGAUUCCAAACCGGACGCCGGGAGUCCUUUGCUGUCCAUCUCUGAGGUGACUAACACCCUGCUCAACCAAUAGUCUCAUCGUGACCUCAGCAUCGCUCCGUUUUAGUGACCAAGAUAUCUCGCAGGAGAUGGUUUCACCGAGACGGAUCGGAAAACGCGCAACUGUACCAUACAGAUAAUAUUGGUUAAACUGUUAAGAGUAUUCUCGUAUAGUGCUGUAACAUAACAUACUCAUUACAGUUAAUGAUAUCC